AUGGACCCCCUCACAACCGCCCUCACUCGAAUCGACGCCCUCCACUCCGAAGACCCCACGAAAGUCUCCAACACCGACAUCCCUUACGAACUACACUACGCCGAGAAAAUGACCAGCUACCUAUACAAACACACCCCGCAUCCCUCCCCGACCCUCCAGCUCGCUAUCCGCGCCCAGCACCUCAAGCGCUGGGAGGUACCCCGCAGUACUUACCCCGAUGGUAAAGUAGGGUAUUAUUCCUGGCGGACGGCGGUGGCGCGUCGCCAGGCUGAGAUAGCGGUACAGGUGUGUCUGGAGAGUGGCAUUGGGGCGGCGGAAGCGGAGCGUGUGGGCCGGUUGAUUCGCAAGGAAGGGUUGAAGGGAGGGGAGGAUGCGGAGGCACAGAUUCUGGAGGAUGUGGCGUGUUUGGUGUUUUUGGAUGAUCAAUUUGAAAAAUUCAAAGAAAACUAUGAGAGGAAGAAGGUGGUGGAGAUCUUGAGAAAAACCUGGGGAAAGAUGUCGGAACGGGGGAGGGGUUUGGCAUUGGAGUUGCAGAUGGGGGAAGAGGCAAAUGAAUUGGUCAAGGAGGCUUUGAUGGGUUAG